AUGAAAAAUGCACAUGUGUAUGGAUACGGUGACACGUGCCGUGCGUGCCUCUGCGUGCCGGUGCAAGCUUGGUGCCUGCCGGGAGGUGCCUGGGAGGGCCGAGAGCUGUUCGUGAGGGCCAGGAAGGCUCAUAAUAUUGCAAGUGACUCGCCCACCACUUGUCCACCUGGUGGACUGCUCACAGACUCCGAGUGUGGAAAGUGGAAAAAGUUGGAAAUUGUGGGAUUGAGUGAGCCAGGUGUGGAAAAGUGUGGAAAUUGUGUGGAAAUUGUGGGAUUGAGUGAGCCAGAUGUGGAAAAGUGUGGAAAUUGUGUGGAAAAACCCCACAGCAGGCUGCCCUCCUCUGUGCCACCACCACCACCACCACUGCCAGCGAGGGAGGGGUCAGAGGUACAGCUCACCAAACUGUCAGAUGAUACCAGCACUCCCCCUUACAGACAGGACAGCCCCUUCCGUGCCCUAGCAAGACAGCUGACCUGCCUACAGAGAGAAGAUCGAUUUGAAGAGUUGCUUGAAUUUGCUCCGUUCUUUCACAAUUUCCUCAACAAACAGCACAAAAACUAUCACAUCUAUGUUAUAAAUCAGGUGGACAACCUUCGCUUCAACCGUGCAUCUCUUUUCAUUGUGGGAUUCUUAGAGUCCAGCGUAGACUGUGAUUACAUUGCCAUGCAUGACGUGGAUCUCCUUCCCCUCAACCCUGAAGUGAGGUACCAGUUUCCCGAAGAAGGGCCGUACCACGUGUCGGCGCCUCACCUCCAUCCAAGAUACCACUACCCGACCUUCAUUGGCGGCAUACUGCUGGUCAGGAGGGAGCACUUCCAGCAUGUGGACGGCCUGAGCAACAAGUACUGGGGCUGGGGUCUGGAGGAGGAGGUCUAUGCUCGGCUCAAGGAAGUUAAACUGGAAAUCUUCUGCCCAGGGAAUCUCACUUCAGGAAUAAAAGACACCUUCAGGCAUGUCCAUGACCAGCGGCGGGACAUGAUCAAGUGCUACAACCAGCAGGAGGUGACACACCACCGUGACUGCCACACAGGGCUGUCCACAGUGAAGUACAGCAUUCAGAGCAGGAAGGAGGUGACCAUCGAUGGUGCCCCAAUCACCAUCCUGAACACUGUGCUGGAGUGCAACAAGGUCACCAUGCCCUGGGUGUGACUGCACUGAGAGCAUUGGCAACACUCCCAGGUCGCUCCCUCUAAGUCAGAAGAUGUGAUUGUCCCCAGACUGAACUGCAAGAAGCACCUCGGCCAUGACAGUUGACUGCCUCCCCUUCCCCUGUCAGCAGCAAUUGUUAGUGAUGUAAUUAUUGGAUUUUGUUAUAUUUUUAUAAAGACUAGCCAAUAGAAGCCAUGUUACUUACAGUCAUAACAUUUUAAAUAUAAUUUAACCUACAUAACUACAAGUUGCAUAAUAAUAAUAUUAACUGAUAAAAGGUUGUUACAUAAUAUAUAUUAUUCAUAUGUAUAUAUGAUAAAGUGAAGCCUCUCUAAUCAUUUCAGGUUCACGUGUCACACUCACUGUCACUUUGACAAUCCUCAGCUGGAGUCACACAGUUCACAUGUCACUGACAGUACAGUUGCUCUCAACAAACACUGAUGCCCAUCUCACUCACCAUAUUUCUCAACUAGAAACCAUUAUUUCAAUUAAAGUAUUUCUGUUACUAUUUUAAUUAUUUCAGUUUUCCACCAACUCUGUCACUUUAGAAAUAGUAUUAUGUUUGCCACACACACCACGACUGGUAUGUACAGUACAACUCCAUUCUCCUGCACAGCACAGCAAGGAGUCUUCUUGUUACACAGCAUUUAUAUCCUCUUAUGAUGAUGAUGUUAUGUACCAUUUCACAUUUCAUAUCACACAUUUCAUUUCAUUCAUAUUCAUUGCCUUAUCAUAUUUUGUGUUAAAAUAUAUUAUUACUUUACUUUAUCUUCUUUACUUUGUACAAAGAAGAUGCUCUGUGGUGUUGCUGUGGUGCAGCAAGACAGGAAGGGCUGCACCACUCAGAAGGUUUGGUGCUCCACUGAUUUAUCAGAUUUGUUUUAGAAGACGAGGAUUCACAACUGUAGUUACUUCUCAAGGAUUAUGUACUUUUAAUUUGUGAGGUGUGUGUGUGUGUGUGUGUGUGUGUGUGUGUGUGUGUGUGUGUGUGUGUGUGUGUGUGUGUGUGUGUGUGUGUGUGUGUGUGUGUGUGUGUGUGUGUGCUUGCAUUAGUGAGCAUUGUAAUUUAAAUGUCACAUUUAUUAUAAAGAGAAUAAAUAAAUAAUUUCUAUUGAAA